AUGCUGACGCCCCUUCUGAGUGAUACGGUGCUGCUCCCAUCAUUUGUACGUACAGUAUUAAAUGCUGACUUCCAUGGUGCAGGGCUGCCCCUUCUGAGUGAUACGGUGCUGCUCCCAUCAUUUGUACGUACAGUAUUAAAUGCUGACUUCCAAGUUGAUGGACUUGCACACCUGAUGAUGCACUUUUCCUGGAAAUGGAUAGGAAUCCUUGCCUCUGAUAACGAUAUUGGAUUACAAGGAAGUCAGCAGUUAAAGAAAGAAUUACACAACGUUGGCAUCUGUGUGGCAUUCCAUGAAAUCCUACCUACAAAUAUUCCACAGUAUAAAGCUCAGCUUCUGGUAGAGACCAUUAAAAAAUCAUCUGCAAGCAUUGUCAUAUUCUAUGCUUUUGAAUCUCAGGUGGCAUCUAUUAUGAGAGAAGCUUUAAAUCAGAAUGUUUAUGGAAAGGUAUGGAUAGGAACUAUCGGAUGGGUAACUAGCGCCUUUUCUUCUGACAUAGACAUUUGGAAAACCCUGCAUGGAACACUUGGCUUUGCAAUAUACAGUGGUGACAUCAUUGGAUUUAAGGAAUACCUCUUCAGCAUCCAUCCUUUCAAAUAUCCAAAUGAUAUCUAUAUGAAAUUCUUCUGGGAGGCAGCUUUUGGCUGCAAAUGGCUAGCUAAUGGCAGUUUAUAUAGGUCUGCUGAUAAUGAACAAAGAAACAGACCAACAUUUUGCACAGGUACUGAGGCCCUGGAAUUACUGGAUCCUUCUGUCUAUCAGGUCAAUGAGUUCCGGUUUACAUAUUCUAUGUACAACGCAGUGUAUUCACUGGCUGUUGCCUUAAGUAAUCUGCAGUCAUGCACAACAGGAAAAGGACCGUUCUUUAAUUCAACUUGUACAGAAUGGAAGGACUUUGUGCCUUGGCAAGUGCCACAGUCUGUAUGUAGUGAUAGCUGCCCCCUUGGGUACAGACAGGCCAUCCGACAAGGACAACCUCACUGCUGCCAUGACUGUGUUCCUUGUCCUGAGGGUGAAAUUGCUAAUCACACAGACUCUGUGGAAUGCUUCCGAUGUAACAGAGAUCAGUGGACAAAUGAGAAACAAGAUGUCUGCCUCCCAAAGCAAGUAGAAUUCCUGUCCUACGAUGAACAUUUAGGUAAAGCCCUAGCGGUCAUUAGCAUCAUCUUCUCUCUGAUUCCUGUCUACAUUCUUGGUCUGUUUGUGAAACAUCGUGAAACACCUAUUGUGAAAGCAAACAAUUGUGAGCUCAGCUACCUUCUCCUCUUCAGUCUUGUGCUGUGUUUCCUCUGCUCACUGAUAUUUAUCGGAUAUCCCUUGAGAGGAACGUGCUUACUUCGACAGACUGCAUUUGGUAUUACAUUUGCCAGCUGUGUCUCCUGUGUUUUAGCUAAAACUGUUACUGUUGUCAUUGCCUUCAGUGCUACAAAACCUGGCAGCAAAUUACAACAAUGGGUCGGGUUCAAGUUACCUGCUACUAUCAUAAUCUGUUGCACUCUUCUUCAGGUGAUAAUCUGUAUAGUGUGGUUGGCACUAUCUCCUCCUUAUCCAGACUUCAACACUUCUGCCAAAAUUGGGAUUCUAAUUAUUGAAUGUAAUGAGGGAUCAGCCAUUGCAUUCUGGUGCAUGCUGGGAUAUAUGGGACUUCUGGCUAGUGUCAGCUUUGUAGUUGCCUUCCUGGCUAGAAACUUGCCAGACAGCUUUAAUGAAACCAGGUUUAUUACCUUCAGUUUACUUGUGUUUGUCAGUGUCUGGUUAUCCUUUGUUCCUGCUUAUCUCAGUACCAGAGGAAAAUAUAUGAUUGCUGUAGAAAUAUUUGCAAUUUUGUCUUCAGGUAUGGGACUUCUGACAUGUAUAUUUUUCCCAAAGUGUUAUAUUGUUUUGCUAAGACCAGAAAUAAAUACCAAAGAAUAUUUAAUGGGAAGAAGCAAUGCUAGGAAAACUGAAAGAAACCAUGUUAAUGGCUAA